GGUAGACUUAUUGAGUUAGAUAUCAAGAGUUCACACGGUAAGAAUCCACGCCAGUUUUUGGAGCUACCACUAUGUGUGGUUGUGAGCCAAUUUGUUCUCUCUGUUUUUCUUUAAGCUACAGUGUUACACACAAGCAUAUGGGUUUACCGAUGAAACUGAUGUGCAAGCACUGUUGGAGUUCAAGUCUCAAGUUUCUGAAGACAAAAGAGUGUUCUUGUCCUCGUGGAAUCAUUCCGUCCCUCUCUGCAACUGGAACAAGGUUACAUGUGGUCACAAACACAAAAGAGUUACUCAGUUGGACCUUGGAGGAUUGCAAUUAGGCGGAGUGAUAUCACCAUCUAUUGGUAAUCUUUCGUUUCUUAUAUCACUUGAUCUCUCUAGUAACUCUUUUGUUGGAACCAUCCCUCAAGAAGUGGGAAACUUGUUUAGACUUGAGUACUUGAAUAUGAGCUUUAAUCUUCUUGAAGGAGAGAUUCCAGUCAAUCUGUUCAAUUGCUCUAGAUUGUUUGACCUUGAGUUAGAUUCAAAUCAGCUUGGAGGAGGUGUUCCUUCUGAACUAGGGUCAUUAACAAACCUUCUUUAUUUAUAUCUUGGUCAAAACUACUUGAAGGGAAAGCUCCCUGCAUCUUUAGGAAACUUGACAUCACUCAUGCAACUUAGCGUUACCGGUAACAAAUUAGAAGGAGGAAUUCCUAAUGAGGUAGCUAGACUGAAUCAAAUGGUACUUCUUACGUUAUCGGUGAACAACUUCUCAGGAAUUUUUCCUCCCUCCAUUUACAAUUUGUCCUCACUUGAGAUGUUAAACAUCUUUAGUGCCGGUUUUUCGGGUAGACCCAACCCUGAUAUUGGCACUUUGCUACCAAACCUUCAAGAGCUAUAUAUGGGAAACAACCAUUUCACAGGAGCCAUUCCAGCAACACUUUCCAAUAUCUCUACUCUUGAAAUAUUGGCAAUGGAGUAUAACAAUCUAACAGGAGUUAUUCCUACAAGCUUCGGAAAAUUGCAAAAUUUGGAAGUCUUACAACUUCAUGAAAACUCUCUGGGAAAUCACUCCUUUGGAGACCUUAAAUUUAUUGAUGCCUUGUCCAAUUGCACCCAGUUGCUUAUCUUAAGUGUGGGUUUCAAUAGGCUUGGGGGUGAGUUGCCUACCUCCGUUGCAAAUUUGUCCACAAGCCUCAAUGAGUUGAAGCUUCAAAUGAAUCACAUUUCUGGUAGCAUUCCUCAUGACAUUGGGAAUCUCAUAAACCUAAGUAAACUUGUGUUGUAUGGUAAUAUAUUGAGAGGAACACUCCCAAACUCUCUUGGGAUGAUUUUGGAAUUGGGUUAUUUAAGUCUAGAUUCAAAUAGGCUGUCAGGAGUCAUACCAUCUUCUAUAGGAAACAUGACUCAGUUAGAAACACUUUAUCUGAACAACAAUAGUUUUGAAGGACCAAUUCCUCCGAGUCUUGGAAAUUGUAGGCGCCUACUAUAUUUAUAUAUCGGCUGUAAUAGGUUGAAUGGAACUAUACCUCGGGAAAUCAUGCAAAUCUCAUCCAUUGUUCAUAUAUACAUAGAAGAUACUCCUUUGACCGGUUCGUUACCAAACGAUGUUGGAAGAUUACAAAGUCUUGUUAUACUAUCACUUGCAAAUACUAGCUUAUCAGGACAACUCCCACAGACCUUGGGAAAAUGCCUAUCGAUGGAAGAACUUUAUCUGCAAGAAAAUUCUUUUGUUGGAACCAUUCCAGACAUAAGAGGAUUAGUUGGUGUUAGAAGACUUGAUUUUUCGAAAAACAAUCUCACUGGGAGUAUACCUGAGUAUCUUGCAAAGUUUUCUAAGUUGGAGUAUCUCAAUCUAUCCAUUAACAACUUCAAAGGAAGGGUGCCAGCAGAAGGAAAGUUUCAAAACUCUACUAUAGUUUUGGUAUAUGGAAACAAAAAUCUAUGUGGAGACAUCAAGGAACUGAAACUAGAUCCAUGCAUUGUGCAUGCACCAUCAAUGAUGAAGAAACAUUCCUCUCUUUCGAAAAAAAUUGUGAUCGGGGUUUGCCUAGGCAUGAGUUUUCUUUCCUUAGUGUUCAUUGUUUUACUUUCAUUAUGUUGGUUCAUGAGAAGAAAGAAGAAGAAGCAGCAGGAGACCAAUAAUACUAAUUUUUCUACUUUGGAGGUCUUCCAUGAGAAGAUAAGUUAUGGGGAUCUUCGAAACGUGACAAAUGGCUUUUCCUCGAGCAAUUGUAUUGGAUCAGGCAGUUUUGGUACUGUGUUUAAAGCACUGCUCCCAGCAGAGAAGGAUGUAGUUGCGGUGAAAGUUCUAAAUCUGAAGAGACGUGGAGCAAUGAAGAGCUUUCUGGCAGAAUGUGAAUCUUUGAAGGACAUAAGACACCGUAAUCUUGUGAGACUAUUGACGGCUUGUUCGAGUAUUGAUUACCAAGGUAACGAAUUUAGAGCUCUCAUCUAUGAAUUCAUGCCUAGUGGAAGCCUUGAUAUGUGGCUGCACCCGGAGGAAGUGGAAGAGAUUCACAGGCCCUCAAGAACCUUGACACUUCUUGAAAGACUUGACAUUGCGGUAGAUGUGGCUUCUGUUUUGGAAUAUCUACAUGUUCAUUGUCAUGAACCUAUAGCUCAUUGCGAUCUCAAACCAAGCAACAUCCUUCUAGACGAUGAUCUAACCGCCCAUCUUAGCGACUUUGGUCUUGCCCGUCUUCUCCUCAAGUUCGACCAGGAGUCAUUUCUCAACUAUCUCAGCUCGGCUGGUGUGAGAGGAACCAUCGGGUAUGCCGCACCAGGUAAAACAGUCCCACAUGUUUCUAUGAAUGAGAUCAGUAUAUUCUUUGUUCAUUACAAUCUUGUUCUUGUUGUUUAUGUGAACUAUGGUGCAGAAUAUGGAUUGGGCGGACAGCCAUCAGUACAUGGUGAUGUGUAUAGCUUUGGAGUUCUCCUUUUAGAGAUGUUUACUGGGAAAAGACCCACAAAUGAGUUGUUUGGAGGAAACCUUACCCUACACAGUUACACCAAGUCUGCAUUGCCUGAGCGAGUACUGGACAUUGCAGACAAAUUGAUUCUUCACAGCGGUCUUAGAGUCGGUUUCCCUCAUGCGGAGUGCUUGGCAUUUGUUUUGGAGGUGGGACUUAGGUGCUGCGAAGAAUCUCCUGCAAAUCGGUUGGCAAUAAGUCAAGUUGUGAAAGAUUUAAACUCGAUCAAGGAGAGGUUUUUCAGAGCCAGAAGUUGAAAUGAUUAUGGUUUCCUCUUCAAAUUUGCAACUAUAUAUAUCUGAGGUCUAUGUAAUAUCUUCUUUCAUAAUUUGUGGUUACUCUAUUAAACAUACUUAUGCUUGCAGAAUAUAUUGUCUUUGAAUAAUACUAUGUCUUUUGCAGACAAUAGAUUAACCUUGUAUUAGCAGUUCUUAUCUUUGCUAAUUUUCAAUGUCCCCUUUUAAUUUCGA